CUCGCGGACCCUGUCAGACUUCCAAGUCUCGACCUGUCCUGCUCAGAAAGUCAUUCUUACGUACCCCGCCGGACGUAAAUCCCUCUCUUCCACUUCAACCCCAGCGCGGAACGAAAUCACAUACCCACGAAUCCGUCGGCUUCCCCAGCAUGGUGGUUGCUACGAUCAAGUGCGUCGUCGUCGGCGACGGUGCUGUUGGGAAAACCUGUCUCCUUAUCAGUUACACCACGAACAAAUUCCCCUCGGAAUACGUCCCUACCGUCUUCGACAACUAUGCAGUCACCGUAAUGAUUGGUGAUGAACCCUACACACUAGGUCUCUUCGAUACCGCAGGUCAAGAAGAUUACGAUCGACUUCGACCCCUCUCCUAUCCUCAAACUGAUGUCUUUCUUGUCUGCUUCUCUGUUACCUCUCCAGCGUCCUUUGAGAACGUUAGGGAGAAGUGGUUUCCGGAGGUUCACCACCACUGCCCUGGCGUACCAUGCUUGAUUGUUGGAACCCAGGUCGAUCUGAGGGAAGAUGCCGCUGUAAAGGACAAGCUUGCAAAGCAACGGAUGUCACCCGUCAAACGCGAAGAUGGGGAGAGGAUGGCGAAGGAAUUGGGUGCAGUCAAAUAUGUGGAGUGCUCUGCUUUGACUCAAUAUAAACUGAAGGAUGUCUUCGAUGAGGCAAUUGUGGCAGCUCUCGAGCCCCCAGCGACACGAAAAUACGUGAAAAGGAGGAAGCCGACUUGUGUGGUCCUGUAGAGGCUAGCCGAGUGCAGCCAGAGCGGAUGUGAACCGAUUCUAGAGCCGCACGUGGCGCGGUGCUUAUAUUCUUUGCCUAUCUUCGAAGCCCGGGCUUGAUUUUAGGGAUACCUUGUGUUGUGGACUCCCGGCGCUAUGUGGGUAGCGGUGUUUU